GGACUCAUCGCAUGUGAGAUUCAUGUGGUUCGCCCGCACUAUUAACCACACGGUGCCGAGUUCGACGCGCUCUUCUCGCCGGAUGUGCUAUUAAUUGAUUUACAUAGACUAAUUAUUAUUGUUCUGUCCGUACGCGUAUUGUCUACUAGAAUACAUAGAUCAACGGAUUAUUGUUUGCGAUUAUAGUUAUUUUUUUUUAAUUGAUCAUGUUCUAUUAGUCGGUUUUUUUUAAUUAAAAAUCGUUUUUUCGUCUUGAAGCCUUUUCAGAAAGUUAAAUUUUUUUUUGUUUUUAAUUCGAUUUUUUAUUUGUGCGACCGAUAUUUUCGUUUAUUACACUUGUUUUAUUAUUAUUUUUUUUUGAGUUCUAUGUUUUGAUAAUAAUUAAUUUUAACUGAAUUAUUGUUGUGAUAUUGUGGAAAAAACAGUCAAUCCAAAAAUUAAUUUAUUGCAAUUAUUGAGUGUUAAUCUAACGUGAAAAAAUAAUCCAUAAUAAUCGGCUGAUUUUAUAUGUUUUAUGACUCCUGUCAGAAUAAAGUCCUAGGAACGUACCUAGGACCUCGAUUUAAUUAAAAGUGCAUAAAAAUGGAAGCUACUUACUGCAUUGGAAACGACGUUGACGUAUGCCGAAUGUUUGACCAAUAUCUAUAUAAGAGAAGCGACAAUCUGGACUUAUCACUUUCGGUUGCUCACAAUAUGCAUAACAACAACAACAACCAUUACAUGAGCAUGGGAGAACAUACGUUUCACACACCAAGUUUUGGCGAUGAAGGCUUUGACAUACCGUCUAUGGCUAAUCAAGUAAACAACUCUAAUACCUCUUCAAACUGUAAUACUGUGUCUAGCCCAUCGAAUAGUUCAGCAGAUUCAAUAAUUACAUCUCAUACUCAACCACAACCUGCAUUAGCUUAUCAACACACACAGCAAAUGAUGAAUCAUCAUCAUGCCCAAGAUACCAGUGGGAUGCAGGGGAUGAAUACGCACAACACGCACCAUUCACACCAAUCGGCUUAUCAGCAGCCACUAUACUUGACCGGUCACGAACACGGACUUGGACUUAACGUCAGUUCCAGUUAUUCUCAACCAAGUUACACACCUUUGAACAACACUAAUGCUUCUAAUGGGUCACAAAAUGGAAUGAUGUACCAUCGACACCAUCAAGCUCCCAACCAGCAACAACAGCAACAGCAGCAACAUCAUCAUCAACAGCAACACCCUAACAUGAUACAACCGACUCAUUUACACUAUACUAAUAUGGGACCUCCGGCUACUAGUCCACUUACUCCUUCUUUAGACAUGCAACAUCGGCAUUCCAAUCCAACUCCGACUCCGGAAGGUAUUAAUACUACCAGCGAUGAUAGUGAUGAUAGUACACCACAUCAAACAAUGCUUGCAAACAAGAGAGAACGUCUUUCCCCAGAACCAAUUGAUGGUUGUGGUGGUAUUAUGAAAAUGCAGCAAAAGAAGCCUAAACCAACAAAAAAGAAAAAGAAACGAGAUCCAAAUGAACCACAAAAACCUGUGUCUGCUUAUGCUCUAUUCUUUAGGGACACUCAAGCAGCUAUUAAGGGCAAGAAUCCCAAUGCUAGUUUUGGAGAAGUAUCUAAGAUUGUUGCAUCCAUGUGGGACUCAUUGGAUGCUGACCACAAAAACGUAUACAAAAAGAAAACUGAAGCGGCUAAGAAAGAUUACUUAAAAGCUCUAGCGGCAUACAGAGCAAGUCUUGUAUCAAAGGGCGGAGAAACGGAUUCCAAUAUGUACGCCGGUGGUUAUGUGGGAAGCUAUGGUGGCGUUUACAAUGGUUACUCGCCACCUGCCGGGUUACCAUCGCCGCCUAUGUCUGUCCCAUCACCACACUCACAAGUGCAUGGCCAAGUCAAAAAGUCCAACAUGAUGAUGGAUAACCGAGUGCCAGUAAUGAACAACCAUACACAAAAUCAUAACCAAUCGCAAACUACAGGACUGAUCGGCAAUCAUAAUCAAGGAGGUCCAGUACUUAAUCAUUUGUCGCAACAUCCACAAGGUGGAUUGCCACCCUCGCCACAGCAGUCACAACCUCCAACACCACCGACAAACGUGUCAUCUUACUGGCCAUGGUGUUUCAACCCGACGCAGAACAGUCAUUAGCCGGUGGCGGAACUCCAACACCGCCACAAAAGCAGCAGGUCAACAUGUGCACACGAAAUGGCUGUGGCAACAUUGCUGUAUCGUGUCCCGAUUGGGAUGACGAAUAUUGCAGUUUUGACUGCUGUUACCAACA